GUCUGAACCAUUAAGUGCUGAACCAGUAAGAGGUCUGAACCAUUAAGAGCUAGUAUAUUGCUUAACUAUUCAGAGGCAAAUGUCUGAUCAAUUCAGAUAAGAGGUCUUAACCAUUCAGACUCUGUAUAAUACUUAACCAUUCAGAGGCAAAUCUCUUAACCAUUCAGACAUCUGAACCAUUAAGAGGCUGAAACAAACAGUCUGAACCAUUAAGUGCUGAACCAUUAAGAUAUCUGAACCAUUAAGAAGCUGAAACAAACAUCCCCUAUGCUUAUACUUUCUCCGUGAUGAGAAGGUUAAGGACCACCUGAUCACACAUUGUGGUUAAUAGCAAUCUCUGAUAGUUGGGACAAUGACAGCAGAACAGCGCAAAGUUCUUCUCUUCUUCUGGACAUCCAUAAAGUUCUUGCCCAUAGAGGGGUUCAGCGGAUUGGGUUCAAGGCUUUGCAUCUACAGAAGCUCAGAGCCGUCCGACCACCUCCCCUCCUCACACACGUGCUUCUACCGCCUCUGCUUCCCUCCCUACCCAUCCAUGUCUGUCAUGCAGAGCCGCUUUGACAUCAUCACCCAGGAGCAUGUUGGCUGCAGCUUUGGGACUUGGUGAAUGUGAGAUCCCCAAUCCUUGUGUACAUUAAGACAUAUAUUAGGAGGGCAAUCUUCAUAGUUUAUUGGAAGUGGACAUGUUCUAAGAAGGUGCAAUUCCAUUCUGUUUACAUAUUUAUUUUUUUUAUGAAUUAUUUCUGACUGGGCUUUUAUUUCCCAU